GCUCGAAUCAACGCCAGGCUGCAGCAGUACCGAGCCAAGGCGGAGCUGGCCCGCACCACCCGCCCGCAGGCCUGGGUGCCCAGGGAGAAGCUGCCGCGGCCCCUCACCAGCAGCGCCUCGGCCAUCCGCAAGCUGAUGCGCAAAGCCGAGCUCAUGGGAAUCAGCACGGACAUUUUCCCGGUGGAUACUUCAGAUACGAGCUCCAGUGUCGACGGAAGAAGAAAACAUAAGCAACCAGCGCUCACCGCCGAUUUUGUCAACUAUUACCUCGAGAGAAAUAUGCGCAUGAUUCAGAUCCAGGAAAAUAUGGCUGAGCAGAAGAAUAUCAAGGAUAAAUUAGAAAAUGAGCAAGAAAAGCUUCAUGUGGAGUAUAAUAAGCUGUGUGAGUCCUUGGAAGAGCUACAAAACAUGAAUGGAAAGCUGCGGAACGAGGGGCAAGGCAUUUGGGCUCUGCUGGGUCGAAUCAUUGGACAGAAAUUGAACAUACCGGCAAUCUUACGGGCUCCUAAGGAAAGGAAACCAAGUAAAAAGGAAGGAGGAACACAAAAGACAUCUACGCUUCCCGCUGUACUUUAUAGUUGUGGCAUUUGCAAGAAGAACCACGAUCAGCACCUGCUGCUGCUGUGUGAUACGUGUAAACUCCAUUAUCACCUUGGGUGCCUGGAUCCACCUCUUACGAGGAUGCCAAGGAAGACCAAGAACAGUUACUGGCAGUGCUCAGAGUGUGACCAGGCAGGCAGCAGUGACAUGGAGGCUGAUAUUGCCAUGGAAACCUUGCCAGAUGGGACCAAAAGAUCAAGGAGGCAGAUUAAGGAACCAGUGAAAUUUGUUCCGCAGGACGUGCCACCGGAACCCAAGAAAAUUCCAAUCAGAAACACGAGAACUAGAGGACGAAAACGAAGCUUUGUGCCUGAAGAAGAAAAACCUGAGGAACGAAUCCCCAGGGAAAGAAGACAGCGACAAUCUGUUCUGCAGAAGAAGCCCAAGUCGGAGGAUUUGAGGACCGAAUGUGCUACCUGCAAAGGGACUGGAGACAAUGAAAAUCUAGUCAGGUGUGAUGAGUGCCGACUUUGCUACCAUUUCGGCUGUCUAGACCCUCCUUUGAAAAAAUCUCCUAAGCAGACUGGCUACGGAUGGAUUUGUCAGGAAUGUGACUCUACGUCCUCCAAA